GUCUUUUUUGAUUAAUCAAACUUAUUGAUUUUUCAACUUUAAGGGUUUUUCCCCGUUCUAUACACAAACUAAGAAAAAUUUAAAUUAUAUAGUCUUUGGAUGGUGACCUAUUUGGAUGGUUACAUUAUUGGACCAAACUAUUGAUAACGCGGACAUUGUUAGACCAAACUGGACUCCUGCUCCGUCUUCCAUCAGCAGGCCAAUUCUUGUGGAAAAUUAGCUCGAGGUGGCGCACUAUGUGAGGGAACAAUCCCACAAUGCGUGGGUGAGAUGAAUGGAAACCUUUGGAGUUUGGAUUUGAGCAACAACAGACUUAGUGGGACAAUCAAUACAACUUUUAGUAUUGGAAACUCUUUAAGGGUCAUUAGCUUGCACGGGAAUAAGCUAACCGGUAAAGUCCCACGAUCUUUGAUCAAUUGCAAGUAUUUGACACUACUUGAUCUAGGUAACAAUCUGUUGAAUGACACAUUUCCAAACUGGUUGGGAUACCUAUCUCAAUUGAAGAUUUUAAACUUGAGAUCAAAUAAGUUGCAUGGUCCCAUCAAAUCUUCAGGGAAUACAAACUUGUUUACGCGUCUUCAAAUUCUUGAUCUAUCAUCUAAUGGAUUUAGAGGGAAUUUACCAGAAUGUAUUUUGGGGAAUUUGCAAACCAUGAAGGAAAUUGAUGAGAGUACAAGAUUCCCAGAGUAUAUUUCUGAUGUACUUGGUAGUUUUUACGAUUAUUUGACGACAAUUACUACAAAGGAACAAGAUUAUCAUUCUGUUAGAAUUGUUACUUCUAACAUGAUUAUCAAUCUCUCAAAGAACAGAUUUGAAGGUCGUAUUCCAAGCAUUAUUGGAGAUCUUGUUGGACUUCGUACAUUGAAUUUGUCUCAUAAUGUCUUGGAAGGUCAUAUACCGGCAUCAUUUCAAAAUUUAUCAGUACUCGAAUCAUUGGAUCUCUCAUCUAACAAAACCAGCGGAGCAAUUCCGCAGCAGCUUGCAUCCCUCACAUUCCUUGAAGUCUUAAAUCUCUCUCACAAUCAUCUUGUUGGAUGCAUCCCCAAAGGAAAACAAUUUGAUUCGUUCGAGAACAGUUCGUACCAAGGGAAUGAUGGGUUACGCGGAUUUCCACUCUCAAAACUUUGUGGUGGUGAUGAUCAAGUGACAACUCCAGCUGAGCUAGAUCAAGAAGAGGAGGAAGAAGAUUCACAAAUGAUCAGUUGGCAGGGGGUUCUCGUGGGUUAUGGUUGUGGACUUAUUAUUGGACUGUCGGUAACAUACAUAAUGUGGUCAACUCAAUAUCCAGCAUGGUUUUCGAGGAUGGAUUUAAAGUUGGAACACAUAAUUACUACGAGAAUGAAAAAGCACAAGAAAAGAUAAUAGUGAGUAGCUAUACCUCCAGGAUUCAUGUCGACAAAGUUUCUGAAGAUGCAGAUAAAAUCCUUUAUCUUUCAUUCGUCUGUGAUGUUUUCGUAAUGUAUUUGUUAUCCUAUGAAUAAAAGACAUGACUUUUCUUCCUUUCAGACUCGAAUAA